GCCGGGGGUCUGGGAGCGUCCACAAUUAUAUAUUAACCACUCAGCCACCCAGGGGAGAAGACACAAGGGAAGAGGCUUCCAAAGGAAAAGCGGAGCUUUCGGGGAGCAGAGGCCUCUCGCGGUGCGAUGGGGAGAGCCGCGGUCUACCUCCUGGCUGUGUUUGCGCUCAGCCUGCCAGCUGUGUCUCACGGCCAGCCGCUAGGCACCCUGAUCGCCCCGAGCGUCCUGCGGGUGGAGAGCGAAGAGAUGGUCGUGGUGGAAGCCCACGGCCACCCUGGCCCGCUCGAGGUGACGAUCACCGUGUCCGACUUCCCCCAGAGGAAGAGUGCCCUGGUUACGACCACCAUCAUCCUGAACGCUGGGAACGGCAUGAUGAACUCUGCCAAAAUAAAGGUGAGGCUGGUGGGAAGCUAA